UGAGACUCACAGUAAGCCGGUCCUUUCCAACUCAUCCCUGUCAUAAAGACGGCGCUACUUUCUCCUUGUGGUUACAGUGGAGGCCCGCUCCCCCUCAAAACCUGCAGGGUCACUCAAAGGCCAAUCAGAUUGUACAGCGGGCACCCAGCACCCCAAAGAGAUCAGCAAAUCACCAUGCAAGAGAGAGAGAGAGGGUGCGUCAGAGGAAAAAGGAAGUUGCGGGAUGAAGUUAAAAGCCUUUAACAGAGUGCAGCUCUGCAGAACACCCACUACGGAAGAAAGGCAGAACAAGAGCGCCGAAGUCUGAAAAUGAGAUAAUGAAAGUUAAGUUAAGGAGUGAACAUCGAGAAAAAAGAAAAAAGUCUUUAAGGAGAAAUUAGUGAAGACCAGCAAAGAUGGAGCUGUGGCGGCAGUGUGCGAUCUGGUUAAUAGAGUGUCGAGUUCUUCCUGAGAACCACCGGGUCACAUGGGAGGGCGCCCAGGUGUGUGACCUGGCCCAGGCUCUCAGAGAUGGUGUGUUGCUCUGCCAGCUGCUCAACAACCUGCUGCCUCAGGCCGUCAACCUGAAAGAAAUCAACCUGCGGCCACAGAUGUCCCAGUUUCUGUGCCUGAAAAAUAUCCGGACCUUCCUGGUUGUCUGUCAAGAGAAGUUUUUUCUAAAGAAGAAUGACCUGUUUGAAGCCUUUGAACUGUUCGACGUGCGGGACUUUGGAAAGGUUAUGAACACUUUGUCCAUCCUGUCCCAUUCACACAUUGCUCUACAACGAGGACUUCAGCCUUUCCCUUUGGAGGGAUCUGCUCCCGAUGAUGAGAUCUACAGCGGCCUUUCUGACCAGAUAGAUGACACCGUGGAUGAGGAUGACGACCUGUACGAUUUUGUGGAGGACGAAGAUAACGAGGGGGACGAGAUCUACGAGGACCUGAUGAGGACAGACGAGCAGCCUGAAACUCAGCAGAAGACUGGUGUUGACAAGCGAGAGUGCUGCCUGCAGGAAAUACGACAGACUGAAGAGAAAUACACUGAUACACUGGAAUCUAUCUUACAGCACUUUAUGAAGCCCCUUGAACGGUUUCUUCAGCCUCACGACAUUGAAAGUAUCUUCAUCAACGUAAAGGACUUGGCUAAAACCCAUCGCGGUUUGCUGGAGGAAGUCCGAAUCUCAAUUUUAAAUCACGGAGCCAAAGAUCUUUACCAGGUGUUCAUAAACUACAAGGAAAGGCUCCUACUGUACGGCCAUUACUGCAGCCAGGUGGAAGCAGCGACGAAGCACCUCGACAAGGUGUCCACCAUGAGAGAGGACGUCAGGAUGAAACUGGAGGAGUGUUCAAAGAGAGCAAACAGUGGCCGUUUUUCCCUCAGAGAUUUACUCAUGGUUCCAAUGCAGAGAGUCCUUAAGUAUCACCUGCUGUUACAGGAGCUGCUGAAAAACACCACACACGGACCCUACCACCACCCAACGCACAAGGACAAUAUCCGAAGCAGGUCUUGA